UCUAUUUUGUAUAUUUAAUGAUAUUAUUAUAGCGCUGUCAUAUAUAGUGAAAUUAAAAAUUUGAAAUCAGAUAGAUUAAUCAAUAUAUACACACACGCUUGUGUUUCGUUGCACGAUACAUAUGUGAAUAGGAUGUUCUUAUUGGAAUAAUAUUUAAAAAAUAGUAAACAGUCUCAAAAGUAAAGUGUAAUUAAUUUAUAUAAUUAUAUCAUUAUAAUUAUAUUCCAUAAUAUUAAAGAUUGAGAUGACAAAAUUAAUGGAGUGGCUUUUAUUUGCUGUUCUAUUUUUUAGUAUAUGGAUUGCUCUAAUUUCUGAAAAUGUUAAUUUACAUUUUAUCAAAGAAUGGAAACAAUUUGUCCUUUUUCUUCCACCCGUUGCUUUAUUUGUAUGUGGUUUAUAUGCAGCAACUGUUGUUUUAUAUAGGACUUUUACAUUUAACAACUGUGAACAGGCAGCUAUUGAAUUACAAGAACAAAUAGAAGAAGCUAAAAAAGAUCUUCAGACUAAAGGUAUUGUUUUAAAGUGCAAGUGAAUAUAUUAUUUUUAUAUACUAUAAAUCAUGAACCAUUCCAUAUGUAAAGGUUAUAUUUUUUAUAAUGAUAAAACAUUUAAAUCAUAUGAAUUUAAGGAUUGUAACAUAAGCAAGUAUCUUUUAACGUAUAGUAAGCAUUAAAUUUAUACACAUUAAUAAGCUCAUUGUGCUUAUUGAAUAAAAAUAGAUAUCAAUAU